AAGUCGCCCGCCGCCACCUCAGCUCAGCGUCGCUCAGAGCCCCGAACAUGGCGGGCAUCAAAGCUCUCGUGGCGCUGUCCUUCAGCGGAGCCAUCGGGCUGACGUUCCUGAUGCUGGGCUGCGCCCUGGAGUACUACGGUGUAUACUGGCCUCUGUUUGUCUUAAUAUUUUACUUCAUCUGCCCCAUUCCCCACUUCAUUGCAAAAAGAGUAAGUGAUGACAGUGAUGCAGCCAGCAGUGCCUGCAGGGAAUUGGCAUAUUUCUUCACAACUGGAAUUGUUGUUUCUGCCUUUGGAUUUCCUAUAAUCCUUGCACGGGUCGAAGCGAUCAAAUGGGGAGCCUGUGGUCUGGUGCUGGCUGGCAAUGCAGUCAUUUUCCUUACUAUUUUAGGCUUUUUUCUUGUGUUUGGUAGAGGAGAUGACUUUAGCUGGGAACAGUGGUAGGACAUCGCUCUGAUGCUGGUAAUAUUUUACAGCAUGUAUCACCAUAUGUAUACUCUGUGUGUGUAUAUGUGUAUAUAUUAUAACAUAUGUGUGUGUGCACGCUGAGAUGUAUGUAUGUGCAUAUGCCUGUAGUUUUACAUUAUCAGAUCAUAACAUGCUUUUUUAAAAUGCAUUUCAGCCAAAGGGAAAAGGCCCUUGUGACAGCUGUCUUAAUGUAUUCAGUAAAAGCUGGAAUCACUGUUGCAAAUUUGUCCCCAAAUAAGUUUACAAAACAUAAGCUGUUUUACUCAUUUUUUCACUAUAUAUGCAUUAACUUUUGUUUUAAUCACAGUAGUAUCAUUGAUACAUGUGAUAUUGAUCAGCAUGCCUGUUGUGUUUUUUUAACCAUGUAAUCAAAAUAGGCCAAUACAAAGAUUGUCCUACUUGGUAUUGUUCAACUUGAUCAAUAUUUCUGCUUUGAUUAGGGAUUGAUGAAUACUUGCUUUUCAUUUAAGUAAUUGUAAUUUUAGUGUUUUUUCUUGAAAACAUAAAAACAAACAUAGGUUAUGCCAACUCUUUUACUACCUAACGAAAGAAAAAGAAAAUAACCCUGGUUAAAAACCCUUCCUUCCACUUAUGGUGUUCAUUUAAAAAAUAAUUCCCCCCACAAGAUGCUCAGGCUUUGUCCCUAUUCAACUUAACUGUGGAUGUAUUUUGGGAAUAAUAUACUUUAAUGCCUCUUUAAUGCUUUGAGCUGACAUUACUUCUCUUAUGAAGAUUCACAAAAGAAGAAACUAUGCUCAGGACACUUACAAUCAUGAUGUAGUUAUACAACUCUGUAUUCUUAUGUGUGAAAUGCCUGAAUUGCAAAGUGAGUGUUCUGCUGGGUAGGACUUUAUCUCCUCAGUUCUCAUUGCUUUUAAAACAUACUUGUUCAACUACUAUUUUUUUUGUCUGUAAGAAGAGAUUGUUAUAUUAAAACACUAUAUUUUUAAAUGGCAUUAUUCUAGUAAACAUUCACAUAAUCGCACUUAUAAAAGUAAACUUUAUUACGGUUUUGACUUGCUGAAUCCUGCAAAUUGUGGAGGCACGUAGUUUUGCAAAAAUGCACUCUGAUACAACCCUAACUCUAGAAGACAUUUCAAUAUCUGCAAAGGGGUAAAGGAAGAGAUACCUUAGUUUAUUCUUUCAUAGAAAAAUGGACAUAAAGAGGUUUCUGCUCUGUGAAGUAAGAAGCUGAAUUCCUGCAUAGGGUGUAUUUUACUAUUGCAAGUUCUUUAGACUAGCAGAUGGCAAAUGAGUGUUUAUAGUUGUGUGAGUUAGUUCACAGCUGACUGCUAUCACCUUGUAUAGCUAUGAGGGACAUUGUAUAAGGAGGUAAUAGAAUCCACCCUACAAGAUGUGGCAGCUUCACCAACGCAGUGCUUUUUGCCCCCUAAGUUGUAUGGAACUACUUAUGCUGCUCUCCAAACUCUCUCAAUACUCAUGUACUGCAAAAUGGUGUCCUGUGGAUUGCUGUGCAGAGCAAAGGUUCAAAAAUUAAUGAAUUUUACAUGAGUGCUCUGAUCCUGGGUCUUCUGUUCAUGCUCAGUGCCCUAGAGGAAGGGUACAGAAAUCAUUCUGUGGUCCAAGUAAUGUAGUAUCACUUAAGUAGGAAUGGAAUAUCAUGUUUCAGGAAGAUUAAUUACAUGUUUUAAAUUUAAACUUCAGAUGUGUGUAAGGUGAACAGUUCAGUACUGAGGAAUGCUGAGUAGCUGUAUUUUAUACUGAAGUGUGUCUAGGCUGUCAUUUGUGUAAAAGAAGAAUUAACAUUAAAAGGCAGUUUUCUCUGGAUAUUAAUGCUUCAUCAAAGACGUAGCAGGAAUAUACUUGUAAAGAUGCUGUGCAUAAACAAGUUCUCUUACAGUGUCUUCUUCCUGACUUAGGUGAAAUCUGUUGGACCCUACUGAUUUGUAAAGUACUACCAGGGAAAUUAUUUGUUCUAAUUAUGAGCCGGGUUGUUUAGAGUAAUCAUAGUUUCCAUGUACAAGUCCUGCUUUGAUUUUUUGAGAAGUUGCUUUUUUCCCAUACCAUGGCAUUUUUCAUUCAAAUUGGUGAAGUAAAACAGCAACAAUAAUACACAGUUUAAGUGCCUGAUCCUGUAAAUGCCUGAAGUCAUUGCUAGCGAUUCUGUUUAACUCCUGUUAAAGUACUCGUGUGCUUGCAGGGUUAGGUUCUUGAGUAUUUUUCCUCCUUAGAAUUUAUGUACCAAAGGCUGCAAUACAAGUCUACAAAAUUACUCAAUUACUGAUGAAAUUUUGCUUUCAAGACAGUGGUGUGAAAAACAACUGAGAUUAAUUUUUCUUUAAAUUAGAGAAUCAUUAUUUGUAGAAUCUGUUCUAGAUCUAUUGGUAAAUAGUGUGCUUGUGGCAGAUUGGGAUACAGGCAGCAAUUAGAGAAUCU